GAGGGAGAGAUCGUUCCACGACUGCGAGUGACUGCAGAGUAAAAUUGCAGGAAAAAAAAAGAAACCCCUGAAUUUUGUGCAGAGAUAAUUGAACCCCUCAAUUCUAGGUUUCUUUCUCCUCCUCCUCCUCCUCCGUCGCUCUCCAUUUUCUCGCGUUCUCCAUACAGUUACUGCGCUGUGUCCCUCCAUCAUCGCCGCGCUUUGCAUUCUUCUUACAGUCGUCUUCCUUCUUUCCGCUUCCAGACGCGCCCUAAGGUACACUGCAACAUCCUCUGCGUGAUUCUUCUGUUGCUGCUGUUUAUUCAAUCCUCACGGGCUAUCGGUGGUUUUGAUUCGAGUGUUUUACUAUACGCUGUUUCUGUUUCGAGCUCAAGAAACUAUGGAAUGGAAUUGGAUUGGCUUCCAAGGAAGCAUAGUUCAAGCUUUGGAUUAUGUCUUCUAGUUCUCUCCUUGACUAAUAAGCUAUUACAACGCGGCGAAGAAGAGGCUCGACAUUAACCGUUCUGGUCAAGAUUAUUGAGUUUUCCACCUUGGCCGCUUAUUGGUCUUUUUACAUGGUCAAUGCAGACUUUGUUUGAGUAUUGAUUUUUUCAUUAUAUCGUCCGUUUAAGUGGGACCCAAUGAGCACACAUAGUUGCUCAAAAAAAUACAGUAGAAGCAGUGUUAAGCAUACCCUGUACAACACUAAUGAUGAAAGUGCAGCUCGGACUAGGCCUUUCAGCUUUGAAGAUAUUAUGCUUAGAAGGAAGAAUAAAGGGUCAGCUGCUAAUGUUGAAGGGGGUGCCACAGUAGCAGGGAGCCGUUCAAGAAGGGAUAGCAUAGAUAAUGAUAUUACUGAUAAUCGUGAAUCUGAAAGGCUUUUCCGCCACAGUAGAGGUUCUUCUCUUGACGUGCAAAAUCUCCCAUUGGAGGAAUCGGCCAAGAUUAGUUCGAGAAGGAAAAAAGAGGAGACAUUGUUGAAGGAUAGUACGGUGGUUAGGAGUGAUAGAAAUAAUUAUGAAUCUGGAUUGACAUUGAUGGGUAAGGUGAAAUAUGAAACAAAUGGAAAGGAUAAAGGACAAAAAUAUGGCCAGGAAAACCUUGGUUGGGGAAAGAGUGACCAGCGAACAAGGAUUGAUAUUGAAAAUGAAAGUGGAAAGAGGCAUUCAAGAGAUCUAGCUGGCAAGGAUAGACGUGAAGAUCGUGGUAGGGGAAAAUUUGAAAGAGAAAGUAAGAGAAAAUAUCAAAAUGGUGAUGAUGACAAGAAUAGAGACAGGUACAGUGAAAAGAAACAUGAUCACAGUAAACAUCGUGACCUAGAAAAUCGAGAUAGAAAGGAAGCUAAAGUAUCAUUAAGUUCACAUUAUGAAGAUUCUAGAUUUAAAAGAAGACGAAAAAGAAGUCAAGAUCGAGAAAGUAAACAUAGAAGAUCUGUUUCACUUUCUCCAAGGGCACACAAGCACUCAACUAAGUUAGUGAGGCAUAAGGAGUUGCCAGAUUCUCAUUUAAAGAAGUCUGGAAGAUGGCGUUCGGAUAGCGAUAGAACUGGGGAUUUCACCAACAGCUCCACUAGCCAAUAUAGGAGACAUUCUGGGUCGACGAGUGGGCUUGGUGGCUAUUCACCUAGAAAGAGAAGAACUGAAUCUGCUAUCAAGACCCCUUCACCUGUUCGAUCACCCGAGAAGAAAAAUGAAGCCUUGGAUCUUCUUCCAGCAGACAAAGUUGGAUUAUUUUCUGGUUCGGUUACUUCCAUUUUUCAGCCGUCAAAUCCUACUGUCUCCUCCGUCAUCAGUACUGAUCAAUCCAGUGGUGCACUUUUUUCUUCAGCUAUGGGAAAAUCUUUGUCAGGCGUUUCUUCAAAUAAUCUACCAAUGAAGACAGCAAAUGUUUCUCUUGAUUUAAUUCAGCUAACACAAGCUACCCGACCAAUGAGGAGGCUUUAUAUUGAAAAUGUACCACAUUCUGCAUCAGAGAAAGCAGUCAUUGAGUGCAUGAAUGGUUUUCUUACAUCCUCAGGUGUUAAUCACAUCGAAGGAACCCAGCCAUGUAUUAGUUGCAUUAUACACAAAGAUCGGGGGCAAGCUCUUGUAGAAUUUCUUACGCCUGAGGAUGCUUCAGCAGCACUUUCAUUUGAUGGAACUAACUUCUCUGGCUCCAUUCUAAAGAUCCGGCGACCAAAAGAUUAUGUUGAGAUUGUAAUUUUCAUUGCUGGGAUCUCAAAUAGAAUAUCUUCUGAAAUGCUUAGGGAUAUUGUUACUUCCUUUGGACCUUUGAAGGCCUAUCACUUUGAGAUCAACGGGGAUCUUAAUGAACCGUGUGCCUUUUUGGAGUAUGUUGACCAAUCGGUUAUGCCUAAAGCCUGUGCUGGUCUAAAUGGUAUGAAGAUUGGAGGGGAAGUACUAAAAGUUUUUUCAGCCGUUCCUUUUGCGCCAUUGGAACGUAAUGGAUGUCAGCCAUGUUAUGGGAUCCCAGAGCAUGUAAAACCUCUUCUUCAACAGCCAACAGUAGUGUUAAAACUUAAUAAUGUGUUCGGUGCAGAUGUUCUACCUGUACUCUCUGAGUCAAAUAUUGACGAAGUUCUUGAAGAUAUUCGGUUUGAAUGUGCCAGGUUUGGGACUGUUAAAUCCAUGAAUGUUGUAAAGCCAUGCAAUAGCUUUGUCGGUGCUGAAGAAAAAUACAAGAACACUAAUGAUGUGGAGAUCAAACAUGGGAUUCAGGGAAACAGCACAUUAGUGCCUUCAAGAAACGAUAAUGAUCUUGAAGAUGAUGAAGCUAACCUUAAUGAUCGCCCCAAUGAAGUUGUGGAGAACAAAUUGUGUCAAAUGGGCAAUGAUGAUGCUCCGUGUUUUGAAGACGUAGCUUGUGAGAAUACAUUGGAGAGCAUCCCUGGAGGAAUCCCUGGACGGCAGAGCAGCCCAGGAAAUGAACUUCGUGACACAAACGUAGCUGAAAUGGUUGAAACUGAUGAAAAGGGCUCAGAUAACAAAUCAAUGCUUCUAGAUGAUUCAACUACAGUGGGGGCUGAUAGUAAGAAGAAAGUUUUAAAUGGAUUGGAUGCCAUGGUGAGAACGGAUUCUGAUGCAUUUGAGAAGGUUGAAAAGAAGGAUCCUAGGACAAAUUUAUUUGUGUUGGGGAGUGUUUUUGUUGAGUUUGGUAGAAUGGAAGCCUCGUGUAUGGCUGCACACUCUUUACAUGGAAGGAUUUAUGAUGGGCAAGAGAUUUGCAUCGAGUACAUUCCUCACGAUCUCUAUCGUAAGAGGUUUCCUAAAUAACUACUGCAGCUGAUUAUUGGAUGUGGUGAUUCAACUGGUCACUGGAGACCUCUGGCAACGAAGACUCCACUUGUUAGCAAAUUUGACUACCGAAGAAGGCAUUUGUUGAUGGCUCAUUUUAGGCCAGACUCGAUAUUUUUUUGAUCAUUUGGUUCAGAAUGUGAAGCAGGCUGUUGUUGGUGAAACAAAUCAUUUCUUGAGUACCAUUUUGACAAGUGCUGGAAUGAAAGCUUGUGAUAAUAUAAUGCUCCAUAGCUUUUGAGGCCUUUUAACUAGUCCACUUGCGUUACUGAUAGAUUUUCUUUAUAAUGCUUAACAGGUGCAAGGAACUAGGUUAUGGACAUGAAGGGUUUACAGGUAAGGAUAUGCUUACCUUUUAAACAUGACUUCCAUAUCUAUUAUCCCAUGUAUUUGUUUUACUGCCGAGCUCUCGACAUUCUCGUGCCUUAUCAUCUUUGUUGAUGAUGAUCUCUCUUUCACAGUUGAAUUAGUUAUUUUAAUACAAGGGAUCAUCGUUUCUUCGU